AUGAAACCGAGCCAAGAUUCGAAGACGAGUUUGGAAUCGAGUCGUGGGCGAAAUGGAGAAUUGAGUUAUGACCUAGAAAUUUCGGAUGGAUGCGAUUAUGUUGAGAAUUCGCAAAGGAACUCGUCUGACGAAAUAAUUUUAAACACUUAUAUCUACAAAUUUACGGUAAAAUUUUCUUCUCUUAAAACUGUUCUUUCGCAACUACACGCAAUGAGAUUCUACCAGAAAAAAUCGUGCAAAUAUUCACUAAAGUCUGCACAAGGAUUCAUUUUUGCAAAACGCUCUAGUUCGAGCUCCAACUGGGAACCGAUUGAGACUAAUUACAAGUUCGUCGGUGAUUUGACGGAGGUAGAAGACGAGGUGAUUUUUGUCGAUGGAUCUCGAUACAAGGGAACCUGGGAUGCUUUGGGCAUGGCAGGAGUCGGACGAUACCGCAUGCCGCACGACGUUCUUUACGACGGUAGAAUGUGGGAUGGCAUGCAACAUGGCCAGGGGAGGCUCGAAUAUCCGGGUAAGCAGAAGAUAGACGGAUUUUGGAGUCGUGGUCAACUUCAGAAGUGGCGAUACACUUUCAGCGACGGCUUGGUAUAUGAGGAGGAGAACUGGACUUACUGCAAAUUUCCGGACCGUCGAUUCAAUCAGUCGAAACUAAACGGCCUUAAUCCGGCUGGAAGGUCCCGAAGAACGCAGCAUCAACCGACCAAAGUGAUUCCUGCGGGCUCUUACGACGCCGGCGAUGGAAUUUUCGAUCCCUCGACCCUCCACGUAGCGAAUUUCGAUCGGCCUUCAAAGGUGAUAUUUUUCUUGGCAAACAUCCCUGUAUUAUUCGGAUGCAGACUAUUUUAA